AUGCCGAACAUCGAAAAACCGUACGCCGUAUUCUCUGAAGGACAUCUACGAAUUUCAUUACCCCGGCUGAAUAAUUCCAAAUUCAAAAAUGAUUUUGCGGGAAGCAAACAAACGGAACAAAGCGCGUCGCUGCUAGCGGGCGGCUGCCGCAGUGGGGGGCGCGGGACGGCGGCACGGCAGUCGACUGCGGCCAGCCCGCGGAGCAACAUGUCUAGCUCCGCGCUCCACGUCGCCGUCACGCUACUCGCCGUAUUCGUCGCGCUGGCCGCGUGUGUGGAGGAGGACUGUGUAGACUGGGAGGGUAAGUCCAUCCCUCACGGUCUGCUGUACGUGCCUGGACCCGGAGUCUGCUCCAUAUGUGUCUGUUACCACUCGGAGCCCAUGUGGUGUAAGGCGAUCUACUGCGACCCGCCAUAUUUCUGUAAAAACUUCCGCGUGGGCGAGCGUUGCUGUGAGUUCGAGUGCCUGGACCCGCCGGGACAAGACACCAGGUACCGUGAGCGUCAGAGGCUGCGGGCUCUGAUCCUGGCGGGGAACUCCUCCGCCCACCAGCUCACGAACAUCAACAGCUUCACCAUCAUAGCAGUCGCUGUGGCCAGGCUCGUGUGA